CACCCAUUGAACAUCAUACACCUGUUUGACGCGCUAUUACACGCGAACUAGUGCACAGUCGCAAUCGAGAAUGGCGCGUCAAAGCGACAUGUCGACGCCACGAGCUCCUCCCUCUCUGAAGAAGAGCACUAGCACUGCUUCCAGUACGGGGAAGGGCAAGCAGCAGAGCAUCGCCGGCUUCUUUCAGAAACGCCCUGCACCAACUCCGUCAGCUAGCACUCCAGCAAAGCGCCCAGCAGAAACUCCGGUACCCAAAUCUGUAGUGGCAUCAAGCACAAUUGGUCCAGGAUCCUCGCCUCGAACAGCUCCCGGAGCAUCCCAAAGCUCAGCUAUCGAUGGACGCGACAAGGAGAAUGAAACACCAGGCACCAGUUUCUCCAGCCCUUCGCGCAAGGCGAAGAAGCAAGUGAAUUACGCCGAAUCUGAUGAUGAGGACGAUGAGCCGUUCAGACCACUGUCUGGCAAUGGACGUGCUGCGAAACGUCGAAGAAUCAGCGUCAAGGACGACGAAUCUGAUGAUGAGUUUGGUCUCGAUAACGCGACGCAAGCUGCAAUGGUCGAGAGCGACGAUGACAUGGAUGAUUUUGUGGUCGACGAUGACCUCGAGGAUGACGCGAAACCAACGAAGGCGAAGAAGAAGGCGCCUGUUAAGUCGUCGGUGAAGUCCACAUCAGGGGAUUCGUCAAGGAAACCGUCACCACCGCCUUUAACCCUUGAAGAGAGUGAGGAAAUCCCAACCACAUCGACUGCGACUCAAUGGGCGUACGACCCAGACGCUCCACCCUCAACGGAGCCUCGCAAGCUGCCACCCAAGAAGAAAUCCACAUCAGACGCUACCAAGAAGCAGAAGGCACAUGUCACAGAUCCAUCGGAACGCUAUACGUGGCUCGCGGAAAUUCAUGAUGCGGAUAGGAACCCACCUGAUCAUCCGGACUACGACCCUCGCACUAUAUACAUUCCACCGAUGGCCUGGAGCAAGUUCUCUGCAUUCGAAAAACAGUACUGGGAGAUCAAGCAGAAAUUCUGGGACACCAUUGUGUUUUUCAAGAAGGGCAAGUUCUACGAGCUCUAUGAGAACGACGCCACAGUUGGACAUCAGCUGUUCGAUCUCAAGCUCACCGAUAGAGUGAAUAUGCGAAUGGUCGGCGUUCCGGAAGCCAGCUUGGAUCACUGGGCCAACCAAUUCGUUGCCAAAGGCUUCAAGAUCGCCCGAGUUGACCAAAUGGAGAGCAAGCUUGGCAAGGAUAUGCGUGAGCGGGAUGAGAAGAAAGGCAACAAGAAAGAAGACAAGAUUAUUCGCAGAGAGCUUGCCUCUGUGCUUACGGCCGGCACAUUGGUCGAGGGUAGUAUGUUGACUGAUGAUCUUGCCACCUACUGUGCUGCCAUCAAGGAGUCGGAAGUGGAUGGCAAGCCAAGCUUUGGCAUCGCCUUUGUCGACACUGCUACGGCACAGUUCCAGCUCGCCGAAUGGGUCGAUGAUCUCGACAUGACCAAAUUCGAAACAUUCGUGGCUCAGAUACGGCCCGGCGAGCUUUUACUGGAGAAGGGCUGUAUUUCCGCAAAAGCACUCAGGAUCUUGAAGAACAACACUUCACCGACCACCAUCUGGAACUAUUUGAAGCCAGAUAAGGAGUUUCUGACAGCCGACAAGACGCGCAUGAAGAUCAAUGGCGAAGCAUACUUCGAAAAGCCUGACGAUGACGAAGGUGUCAACGAUUGGCCAAAAGUGCUUACCGAAGCGAAGGAUAAAGAUCUCGUGUUCUCUGCACUCGGUGCAUUGACAUGGUAUCUCAGUCUGCUUAAGAUCGAGCGUGACCUUCUCACAUGCGGCAACUUCUCUUGGUACGAUCCAAUCAGAAAGGCGUCGAGCUUGGUUCUCGAUGGCCAGAGUUUGAUCAACUUGGAGAUCUUUGCCAAUACUUUCGAUGGCAGCACUGAUGGCACAUUGUUCACCAUGCUGAAUCGAUGCAUUACGCCUUUUGGCAAGCGAAUGCUGCGUCAAUGGGUUUGCCAUCCUCUGGCGGAUGCAAGAAAGAUCAAUCAGCGUCUCGACGCUGUCGAUGCUCUGAAUGCUGAUGGUACAGUCAUGGACCAGUUCACAUCUUCGCUAUCCAAGCUUCCUGACCUCGAGCGGCUCAUCUCUCGUGUACACGCCGGACGGUGCAGACCUCAAGAUUUCGUCAAGGUUCUCGAAGGAUACGAGCAGAUCGAGUACACCAUGUCGCUGCUCAAGAGAUUCGGCGAGGGCGAAGGACUACUGGGCCAGCUCAUUUCCGCAAUGCCGGACCUCGCUGGAGCUCUCAAGCACUGGGCCGAUGCCUUUGAUCGCAAGAAGGCUCGAGAUGACAGCGUCUUCAUUCCGCAACCAGGUGUGGAAGAAGACUACGAUGAAAGCCAAGAACGCAUUGACAACGUCAUUGCCCAGUUGAAUCAGCUCCUCAAGAAGGCACGAAAAGAUCUCGACUCGCAGGCUAUCAAGUUUACCGACAACGGGAAAGAAAUCUAUCAGCUGGAGGUUCCAAUCAAGGUCAAGGGCGCGAUUCCAAAGAACUGGAAGCAAAUGUCUGCCACCAAGCAAUGCAAGAGAUGGUACUCACCUGAGCUCGAGAGCCUCGUCCAGGAUCUGAAGGAGGCACAAGAGAUGCACGGCCAAGUCGAGAGGUCUCUGGCUUCACGAUAUUUUGCUCGCUUCGAUGAAGAUUAUGCCAUCUGGCUGGCAGCCACAAAGAUCAUCGCUCAGCUCGACUGCCUGAUCUCACUCGCCAAGGCUUCGGGUUCUUUGGGCUCGCCGUCUUGUAGGCCAGAGUUUGUGGAAGACGACAAUGCUCGCAGUGUGCUCGAGUUCCAGACUCUACGCCACCCAUGCAUCGAGACAACUACAAACUUCAUUCCCAACGACAUCGCUCUUGGCGGCGCCCAGGCCUCAAUCACACUCUUGACCGGAGCCAACGCAGCAGGAAAAUCCACUGUUCUCCGCAUGACCUGCGUGGCAGUCAUUCUCGCUCAGAUCGGCUGCUACGUGCCUUGCGAGUCUGCACGUCUCACACCAGUCGACCGCAUUAUGUCUCGUCUUGGAGCCCAUGACAACAUCUUCGCCGGCCAGAGCACGUUCAUGGUCGAACUCAGCGAAACCAAGAAGAUCCUUUCUGAGGCCACGCCUCGCUCUCUCGUCAUUCUCGACGAACUCGGUCGUGGCACAAGCAGCUACGACGGUGUCGCCGUUGCUCAAGCCGUCCUCCAUCACGUCGCCACCCACGUUGGGUCCCUGGGUUACUUCGCUACGCACUACCAUUCUCUUGCCGCAGAGUUCCGCCAGCAUCCUGAGGUCGAAGCCAAACGCAUGGCAGUCAAGGUCGAUGAUGACAUCCGGGAUGUGACGUUCCUGUACCAACUCGAGAAUGGCGUGGCUGAGGGAAGUUACGGAAUGCAUUGUGCUGCCAUGUGCGGAAUUCCAACGAAGGUCAUCGAUCGUGCGGAAGAGGCGGCACAAAAUUGGGAGCAUACUGGGCGGAUCAAGGAGAGCUUGGAGAAGGCCCAGGGCAGCGACUGGAUGCCUUUGGGUCUACUGAGUGAUGUCAGCUGGAUGCUGAGGGAUCGGGAUGAAGAACACGAGGGCAUCACGGAGAGGAGUCUGGAGGUGCUGAGGAAGGCUAUCGCGGCGCUGUGA